UCUCUCUCAUUCGUUCCGCAACGUUCUCAAAUCUCUUUCACUUUUGAACAUUUCCAAAUUAGUCUCGCUCUUCUUCUUCUUCUUCUCUCUACACACUUCGUUCUGCAACGUUCUGCAACAUUUUCAAAUCUCUUCCACUUUUAAACAUUUCCAAAUUAAUUUCGCUCUUCUUCUUCUUCUUCUCUCUACACACUUCGAAUUCAAGAAUGGGCGUUGAGAACUACCACGUGAUUGAACUCGUAGGCGAGGGUUCCUUCGGGAAGGUAUACAAGGGAAGGCGCAAGCACACGGGGCUGACCGUUGCAAUGAAGUUCAUAAUGAAGCAUGGGAAAACUGAGAAGGAUAUUCACAAUUUAAGGCAGGAAAUCGAGAUCUUAAGAAAGUUGAAGCAUGAAAAUAUCAUUCAAAUGCUUGAUUCCUUUGAAAGCCCGCAAGAAUUUUGUGUCGUUACAGAAUUUGCACAAGGUGAGCUAUUUGAGAUUCUUGAGGAUGAUAAGUGCCUUCCGGAAGGCCAAGUUCAAGCAAUUGCAAAGCAAUUGGUAAAAGCUUUACACUAUUUGCAUUCCAAUCGGAUCAUCCAUCGCGAUAUGAAGCCCCAAAAUAUUCUAAUUGGUGCUGGAUCUGUUGUCAAGCUUUGUGAUUUUGGGUUUGCACGUGCAAUGUCUACAAAUACAGUUGUUUUGCGAUCUAUAAAAGGCACUCCGUUGUAUAUGGCUCCAGAGCUUGUACGUGAACAACCUUACAACCACACUGUAGAUUUAUGGUCUCUUGGCGUCAUACUGUAUGAGUUAUUUGUUGGCCAACCACCAUUUUACACAAAUUCUGUAUAUGCUCUCAUCAGACACAUUGUUAAGGAUCCUGUUAAAUAUCCUGAUCGCAUGAGUCCAAAUUUCAAAAGCUUUUUGAAGGGUUUGCUUAACAAGGAAUUGCGAGAGAUAAAUGGUUCACGCAUGCGCAGUGAAGCAGAACGGAUGGUUGAAGGGAAAACCAUUCAAACUCCAACAGGCAAAAACAAUCACAUGGCAGGUAUGGAGGGGCAUAUUGCUUCACCGCUUCAGAGUGAAGCUCAGUUAAAUGGUCAUAACAUAGACAGAACUAACUCUUCAGUGCUUGAUGAUUCCCCGGGAUUUUCAAAUCAAAAUAUCGUAGAGUCAGGCUGCCAAAGAUUGGACAGACUUGAAAAUAACUCUCGUACAGUUAAAAGUGCAAAAAUAAUUGGUCAAGAUAAUGAAGCGUUGGGACAUAUUCUGCUACCACUGCAAAAAUGGUCAAAAGGAUCUCAAAACAUUUGCAGUGAUCAAGAUGUUCCUCAAUCAAAUCAGUCAUUGAGGAUUCUCUCAAACCUAGUUGCAGCUGGUGCCUUCAAUUCUAGUGGACGAAUAGAUGAACUAAUAAGAGAGCUUCUUGUGUUUACUGGAUCUGUUAUAGCCAUUAAGUCCUCUGAAGUUACUGACAUGAUAGCAAAGGGUUUCUCUAUCACUAAGAUUUUGCUAGAUAAUGGCGGAAGUUGCUUUUCAAGAUCUUAUCUAAGUCACUGGGUUGAAUUUGUUGAGAUCUAUUCUCAGGUUGUAGCAUCAAAUAAUGAUGCAUCUGGAAGAGUUCUCUAUGAAUCCAGUGCUUGCAUUACAGUCAUGCUGUCUGGAGUUGCUCAGGUGCUCAUGUCAUCUCAAAUUUCAGGCCAAGAGACAUCGAAUGAAACAGCUAACAAAAUUUUAGACCACGCAAAAACGAUGGGUUUAGUGGACCAUCUAUGUCUGUGUUUAGCCACAUCUGGAUCAAGUCUUAUUUCUGGUUCUUCCAACAUGUUAAGGGCUGCUUCUGAAGCAUGCAGAGCUAUCUGGUCUUUGAUUAAUGCACUGGAUAUUCUUUUUAUGAAAAAAUGUGCCAUUUUGUUUCCCAUUAAUGCGUUGCGCAGUCAUUCUUUGCAUAGGAUGGAAGUUUUGCAACAUGAGCAAAAUCUCUUUGACAAAGCAGAUUCAGCAAAAAUUGUUGAUUCAAUGACAAGAGCAUUUCUUAGAUCUAAAGCUGUCCAGGUUGCUGUUUACUAUUGUUUUCACCAACGACUUGAGUCUGCAAUGAAUUGUUGUCUUCAGCUUUUGUCAAGGUGCUGCCUACAUAAUGAAAUUGUUCCAGCUGUCCUUUGUGGUCUUCCCAGUUCCCUUCCGGUGACUACUGUUGUUAGUGGGGGUGGUGAUGGAACUAUUGUUUCAGAAGUUUUCACUGUUUUAUCAUUAUGCAGUUCCUCUGUUAACAAAGACGCACAGAGUAUAGAACCAAGUAAUGUAAAGUUCAAAUUAACAACUCCUUCUGCUCUGGUUCGACAUUCAUGUCUUGUUCUCGCAAUAAUUGCUCAGUGUUUGAAGUCAACGGGAAGAAAUUCAGCAAUGUUUAUGCUCACUACCGCACCAAAGAAGCAGCUUGCUCGACUUUCGGUGCUUUCACAUCAUAUUAGUCAUGAUGAUAAAAUAAAAGCCUCCAUCGAACCUCAAAGUGCAUCAGCCAUGUUGGCUUUGGCAUCCAUUCUGUCUCUCGAGUCUGGGGCUUUAGUUGAGUCUCCAAUAUCUGAAAUUGCAAUACCUUUAAUUCCUCGAACCUCUACACUAAGUGAUCAUCUUAAAUUUUCAUGUGGCAACGAAAAUGAAUUGGACCCUUGCAACUUCAGUGGGAAACUCUCUUAUUGGCAAGGGGUAAGAGAUGGGUAUGUUGGUCUUUUAGAUUCCAGAAUCAAGUGGGGAGGACCAUUGGCUGUUCAGCAGUUGUGUGCAAGUGGCAUUCCUCUACUUCUUAUGGGCUUAUUAGGCAAUGAUGUUUUAAACGCAUCUCAUGGAACCGACCAUCAAAAUGAUAGAGUUGGAUUGUCUCCAAUUGGUGUUGUAUGGACAAUUUCAUUAUUAUGUCAUUGUCUUUCUGGAGGUGCUUUGGUAUAUCGUCAAAUUUUGAUUAGGAAUGAACAUAUUAAGCUCAUUUCUAACUUGAUAUGUGAUGUUCAUAUCAAGUUAGUGAAAUGCUGGAUCGGACCUGGUGGAGGGAAAGCAGGAGUCAGAGAUCUAAUAAAUGCUGUGAUAGAUAUCUUAGCAUUUCCUUUUGUUGCUCUUCAAAAUGCACCUGGCUUGCCUUCAGCCACUGCUUCUGUCAGCAGUGGCUUUCUUCUUAAUAUGGGCUCCCCUGGUCAGAGAGUAUGCAUGGAAGAUAAGGGUAUAGUUAAGGCAAUUGAAGAAGAUAUGGGAAAAUAUAUUAAGAUACUUGUAGAGGUUGGUGUGCCUGGUAUUAUCCUUCGGUGUGUAGAUCAUAUGGAUUUGAAUGAUUUGGGCAGGCCUGUCGCAUUUCUGGCUAAGAUAGUAUGUCACCGACCUUUGGCAAUCCAACUCGUGAGUAAAGGUCUUUUGGAUCCAAAUAGGAUGAGAAAGUUGUUUGAUUGUUCGGGCCCAAAAGAGGUCACACUGGAUGCUCUUAUGAUUAUUUCUGAUCUGGCUCGCAUGGACAAGGUAUUCUAUGAGUACAUUAAAGGUGCUACUAUUUUGGAGUUCUUGAAAGAUUUUCUUUCACACGAGGAUCCCAAUGUGCGUGCCAAAGCCUGCAGUGCUCUCGGGAACAUGUGUCGUCAUAGCGCCUAUUUUUAUAGUUCUCUUGCUAGACAUCAAAUUGUUGGUAUCCUUAUCGAAAGAUGUUCUGAUCCAGACAAACGAACACGAAAGUUUGCUUGUUUUGCUAUUGGAAAUGCAGCUUACCACAAUGACUUGUUGUAUGAGGAGCUGAGGAGAUCGAUUCCUCAUUUAGCAAAUUUGUUACAAAUGGCUGAGGAAGAUAAGACUAAGGCAAAUGCAGCGGGAGCACUUAGCAAUCUGGUUCGCAACUCUGACAAACUUUGUGAAGACAUAGUAUCUAAAGGAGCUGUUCAGUCUCUGCUGAAAUUAAUUUCUGAUUGUGCGGUAUCAGCCCUAAAUCCAGGCAGAAAUGAUUCAGGAAACGAAUCUCCGCUUAAGAUCGCUCUGUUUUCCCUUGCAAAGAUGUGUGCACAUCCACUCUGUAGACAAUUCAUCCGUUCAUCACCUUUGUUCCCUGUGAUUGGAAGGCUUCAGCAGUCUCCAGAAUCAUCCAUAGCCAAAUAUGCCUCCGUCAUCAUUGGUAAAGUUGCUGAUCCUUGACAUUUUAAAAUAUAUGCAAUGUACAUAUAUUGUAAUGUCUAUUCUAAGUGUUUAGUUUCUCUCUUCAUGACUGUAACUUAUUACUCAAUCCUCUUAAUUUUAUUACCAUUUAUUGAAGAAAAAUACAUAAGUUAACAUUAU